CGGGGGAGCCGCGGCGCCGUCUGCUCACACGCUGGGGUGCAGGGUGGAAUAUCGACGUGCUCGGAGCGACAGCGGCGAGCGGAUUCGCAACUUCGUUUCACAACACGGCUCCAGCUGCUGCGGCCAAGAUUGAAAUUCGCCGAUCCCCGAGUCUUCCGGCAAAUCGAUUUGGAAUUUCGGAAACGACAAAAUCACCCUGGCUGGUGCGAUGCCGCCCUUCUGAUCUGCAGGUGCUGCGGAGCCGAUCACACAUAUCACGGGCGGCCUAUGCAAACGAGCGGGUGAUGUUCAGCUGGUCGGCCAGACUAUGCGGCUGUCGCUUUUGGAGCCUCAGUGUGCUCGGCGUCAUCCUGGUCACCUGCUGCAACGUGUUGCUCACCAUUAGGCUGCUGCAGAAUGCGCCUGACUGCGAAACACGCGUCCUGCCCGGCCUGACGGCGCCGCAGGCAGCUAAGCGUCUGGUCACUGCCCUGGCGCUGACGCCGCCGCCGCCACUCCGCGUGAACGGCAGCGCCGAAGACGUGGCCUCGUCGGCGGCUGACUUCACGCUGAACCUGCACCUGGGCCGCUGGGACUCGCGACGCCUGUACAAAAUGUUCGACUGGACCAGCGUCGGCACCAAGUAUGUCGAGCUAUCGCAAAAUUUCUGCGUCUGCUUGGCCACCCAGAGCUCGCUGGAACGGCUGUUCUCCCUGGUGCAAGUGGCCCACCAAUGGGCUGGGCCCAUUUCGGCCGCGCUUUUCCUCUCCUCGCCUGAUGAGCUCAAAAUCGCCAAACACUACAUCAGAUUCGUUCGACAUUGCUACGCUACCGUGAAAGAAAGGGUGACCUUCCACGUUGCCAUUCCAAGAGACCACCCGAGCUUCACGUCCGAGGCGCGAAUGUCGGCAGGCAUGGAGAAUGAGAAGCUGGACUGCUCAAAGCCUGAGGCGUCGCUGCGUUUGCUGAUGCGUCAUAGGAGGCCAGAGGCGGCGCGCUGGCGCGUCAAGCUGCCCUACCCGCAGAACCACAUGCGCAACCUGGCGCGUAGGAACUGCCAGACGAGCUACGUGUUCGUAACGGACGUGGAUAUUGUGCCAAGCGGGCAGCAGGCCGAGAAGCUGGACGCGUUCCUGCGCAAGCAACACUGUCCGGACGGCCUCUGCGCCUUUGUGAUCCCCACGUACGAACUGGACGAGCGCGUGCGCUUUCCGCAAAACAAGUCUGAGUUGGUGAGGCUCGCCAAAAAGGGCCUCGCGCGACCUUUUCACCAAAAAGUCUUCAUUUAUAAUCAAUUCGCUACAAAUUUCACAAAAUGGCAGUUGGCGCCAGACAUUAAUCCGGAGGUCCAUGUCAGCCACAAUGUAACCAACUUUGAGUUCUUGUACGAGCCUUUUUAUGUGGCAUCCGACACGGUACCUGCGCACGACGAACGUUUCAUAGGUUACGGCUACACAAGAAACACUCAGGUGUACGAAACGUUCGUCGCCGGCUUCCAGUUCCGCGUUCUCAGCCCCAUUUUCACCGUGCACUGGGGCCUGCAGAACAAAAAGAGCCGGCCGGGAUGGCGCGAGCGGCAGAACAGCCUCAACAGACGCAACUUCGAGAUCUUCAAGAGGGAGGUGUUCGCGAGAUACCAAAAGGACCCGCUGAGGAUGCUGAACCCUCGAAUCAAGCACAGUCCGGCGGCACGCAGCAGCCCCUGAAUGCAUGCAUACUCCCUCUCCCCUUCUUUAAUAAUAAAGUCAACGUGUAUUUAAGAAAAGUGGA